GCGAUUGGCAUAUGCAUAUAAAUAUGAUUCACGACGCAUCAAUUGCCUCCACGGGAUCGCCUUCGAGGGUCCUAUAAAUGGGGAUGUGAAAGGGAGAGUUGACCGGGACAUGCAUCGUUGUUGAAGAACACCUCCAAAUUUAGCCCGUGGUGGAAUGGAAAUAUUAAGCAUCGUGUUGUCCCUCCCACAACGUCCCACGUCGGUUUAUGCCAUCGCAUAACGGCGCACGUUGAGUUGUUGAAAGUCCCUCGAUUGGCGUGAAUCAAAGGGAAGGAAAGUCUACGGACUGCACCCCAGGAAACCAUUCAUCGCUGCUGGCCCGCUCUGUCAUCGCAAUCGGGCCCCUGGAAACUUUUGCCCCCGCAGACCCUCCCUCCCCUUACAAACAAAAACCAGUACCAGCAUGACCUUAUGACGAAAUAAUUUCAACAACUUAACUCUUGACCCCAGCGCACGAAUAUCUCGCAAUGCCUUCCUCGGAGAAAGAAACGACCGCGCCAUCACACAUCUCCAUCAACGGCGACGAUGCGAAAGGCCAUGAGGCAGACUCUCCCCAAGGCAGUACCACGCCCCGAAGUAGCAGUGGCUGGGAUGGCAAGUUACGACUAGAGAAGAAAGCCGAGCUGGUGAACCCAGAGGCCAUAUCCAACCCGGAGUAUUCAGACGAGGAACAAGUGCUCGAAGGAGAGAAAAUAGAAGCAGAUGAGGGUUAGUUUUGGUUCCCUCAUAUCGCAUCGCGCGGGGUCAUUUCCAUGCCCAUACCCAACCAAACAACACCAAAUCCAGGUACUGAUAAUGUCCCACCUCAGAUCUCCUCGACGACUACCCCCUUGACACAGAAGAAAUAGACUGUGUCCACUCGCGCGUAUCCUCCAUCCCCUCCCUACGGCUCUCCCGCUUCAACGCCGUAACCCGACUCUGCCUCCGCCAAAACACCAUCACCGAGAUAGAGGGGCUCUCCUGUCUAGCCAGCACACUCGUAGAACUCGACCUCUACGACAACCUAAUAGCCCACAUCCGGGGUCUCGAAGACCUCACCAAGCUCACCAGCCUCGACUUCUCCUUCAAUAAAAUCAAGCACAUAAAAAAGAUCUCGCACCUCACCUCCCUAACGGACCUCUACUUCGUCCAAAACAAGAUCACCAAAAUCGAGAAUCUCGACGGGCUCUCCCAGCUCCGCAAUCUCGAGCUGGCCGCAAAUCGAAUCCGCACAAUCGAGAACCUCGACACCCUGACGGGCCUCGAAGAGCUCUGGCUCGGCAAGAACAAAAUCACCGAAAUCACCAAUCUCUCUCCCCUACGGAACCUCAAAAUCCUCUCGAUACAAAGUAACCGCAUCCGGGAGAUCUCCAACCUCCCACCCUCACUAGAAGAACUUUAUAUUUCACACAACGCCCUCAACACCCUCACGGGGCUAGAAUCCGUCCCAGGACUCCGCGUCCUAGACAUCAGCAACAACCAAAUCAGCAGCCUGGUCGGCCUCAAACAACUCGAGGAACUAGAAGAGGUAUGGGCAAGCUAUAACCAAAUCGCCGACUUCGCCGAAGUGGAGAGCGAGCUGCGGGAGAAGAAGAAGUUGAAUACCGUGUAUUUCGAGGGGAAUCCGCUGCAGUUGAGGAAUCCGACGUUGUAUCGGAAUAAGGUCCGGUUGACUUUACCUCAGGUCAUGCAGAUUGAUGCUAGUAAGUCUUUCCCUUAAAUAUGUCUGUAGUAGAGGUGGUGGAAGAGGGAUGCUAACAGAGUCACAGCGUUUGUAAGAGUAUCAUAGGAAGGAACGGGAGGACGUUGGAAAUGAGGAUUGAUUGUUAUGAGAAGCACGGGGUAUGGCGCACUGGCAAGGGGAGUUUGGAAGGUCGCGAAAGAUCACAGGCUCUGUCUAGAUUAGUCACAGCUAGAGAGAUACUUCAGGCACAUGUCGAAAAAUAUACAUAUGAAUCAAUUGAAGUGCAACGUGGA